UUUAAAUAAUUCAACAGUUCUUAAAAACAACUAAAAAGUAAAUGAGGUUUUCAACUCGGCAGACAAAAAAUUUGCAAUUAAUUAAAAAAAAUAAUGUUUAAAUUAAAAACGUGUUUCAAACUGUUAAUAAUCUGUCAGUUAGUUUUAUUACAAAUAACACAAGUCUUGCCACAAAUUCAAUCACGCAUAGUGGGUGGAAAAACCACUACAAUUAACCAAGUACCCUAUUUAGUGCAACUUUUGGAUAAUGGUAAAUUUUUCUGCGGUGGCACUCUGGUGGCUCCACGUUUUGUCGUAACUGCCGCCCAUUGUGUUAAGGGUAUGCGAGCUGGACGUUUAUCUAUAGUAGCGGGAGCUACUAAGCUUUCUCAAGCUGGUGUAAGGUCUAGGGUUAGCAAAAUAAUGCUGCCCAAAGGUUUCAGCAAAGCUACCAUGAAUAUGGAUGUGGCAGUUUUGAAGCUACAAAAACCAGUUAGAGGCAGAGGAAUACGACCUACAGGUUUGUGUAAUAGAAAUUGGCGUCCUGGCGCAGCAGUUAAAGUAUCUGGUUGGGGUUUACUAAGAGAAAAUGCUAGAAAUGUUCCACAACAAGUGCGUACUGUGAAUGUAAGAGUAAUUGGAAGAGCUAAAUGUCAGGCACAAUAUGGACGACAGGCAAAGAUAACCAAGUCAAUGUUUUGUGCUGCUAUCCCUGGACGUAAAGAUGCCUGUUUGGGUGAUUCGGGUGGUCCUGCUUUUGUAAAUGGUCAAUUUUGCGGUAUAGUAUCGUGGGGUAUUGGUUGUGCCCGUAGAGCUUUUCCUGGUGUCUAUACUAAUGUCAAUGUGGUGCGUCGGUUUAUAAGAAAUGCCAUGAAAAGGUAAAGAAGUGAAAAUUGAAAUUUUUAAAUAAACGAAAUUUUUAUUAA